AUGUGGAUCCAAUUCACACAUCAAUUUUAUAUGGAUGUUCAGAUUUAGGAUAUGAUUAUGUUAAUAUUUAUGUUGGCAAUCCUCCUUAAAAGUAAUCAGGUAUAAUAGAUACUGGAAGUUCAAUAACAGGUUUCCCUUGUGAUGCUUAUAAAUAAAAAACCAAAUGUGGAAUUCAUUUGGAUGAUUAUUUUAAUAGAGAGAAAUCAUCAACUUAUGAAGAAUUAAAUUGCAAAAGUUAAUUUGGAAAGAAUUCACUUGUAAAGAAUGUUAUUAAUAAUUUAGUUAAAUUUAUAUAAUUUAUUUAGAUAGUGAAUGAGAAGUUUUAUAUAAAUAAAUUUUAAUAUUUAAAUUAAUGAAGUUUUAAGAAAAUAAUCGAAAAUAAAUAGAGAAUAUUAUAAUGUAAUUUUUGGUGAUUUAUUAAUGGAUAUUUAGAAUUCUUAAAAUGAUUCUAUUUCAAAAAAAGAUGUUAGUAUGAGAAGUGUUUUUGGAUGUACUAUUAGAGAAACAAAUCUAUUUAAAACAUAUUUAAGAAAAUUUAUAUUUUAGUUUCUGAAAUUAUUAAAACACUUAUUGUUGCUAUUAUACCUAUCCUCAAUAUCAUAUUUAUUUUAUAUAUCAGAAGAAGAAAAGUCACUAAAUAGAUGA